UUUAUUUUUCGGAAAUGUGUCAAUUUAUUUCCCUUAGUUCAACUUUGCUUUUUUAUUUUGUUACAUCACUUUCGUUUUCACACCCGGAAGACGUUUAAGAAAGUUCUGCUCAUAGAAGUGGAAAAUAUUGAAAGCGUAAAACCACUAAUAGAAAUAUUCAAAAUGGCAAUUCCAUGGGGUCUGAAUAGAACAUAUAUGACCUAUUUCUUCAGCAGUGAAACUGCAGGAAACUUUAGCAUGGCAGAAUUGAGAUGUUUUGGACACAGUUUGUCAAAAAACUACAAUAUACAUAAUAUGGAGAUAUUUAUGAGAACUUUGAUGGCCUGGAUAGAUUGUAAAAUAUCAGAAAAAGUCGACGAAUCAGCUAUACAUGAUGACUUAAUAGAAGCUUUGAAAGCCCAAGGGUUUAAUAAGCAAGCUGAGACUCUACAAAGUGUCAAUGGAUUGUAUUUCUGCAGGCCCCUGCCUUCAGUGUUCCGAGUUGAAUGUCUCUGGAACUAUUGUAUCAGUCUUGUAAGGGAUGAAAGAUUAAGUUGAACUUGACACAAAAAGAAAAUAUCUUGUAUGGAUUCAAAUACCACAAAAUAUUUUUUAUUCUUCAACAAACCAAUUCUGCCAACCCUCCUUGAAAUAAACCUCUAACCAUUUAGCAUUUCUGUCUACAAAAUUUCACUAAGUUUCAGUUGCUUUGUAGCUUUGGCAGAAGACACUUGCUCAAAGUGCCAUACAAUGGAGUUGAACCUGAAACCACUUUAUAACUAUUCUACCAUACCUAAGUCUUACAUUAAAAA